UGCUAUGCUGAAGCUGUAUAUCUAGUAUCUGAUUUCUUGCGCGUCAGAGUGAUGGACGUCGAGUGUCUCACUCUCUCUACACGCUCUCAGACUGAUGGUGGCACAGUGAGUGUAUUCACAGGCAGUCCGUCUCUAUUGCAGCUGUGUCAUAUGCUGGGUCAGGAGAGAACCUGGACCACACGUCCUGCUGUCGGAUAACUGCUGGAUUGGGGAGCGUUUGAUGCCACCGAAGCAGAGGAGCACAGGUCUGUGAAGAAACGAGGAAAGGGAUUUUGCAGCUGCUCUUCAUCGACUGUUGGUUUGGAUCCACUCUGUGACGGGAGACGGUGUUUGAACGGUGCACACUACUGGAUCUCCGGUGGCCUGCCGGUGGCACCAUCACUUCGAAAGGCUUUUCCACCGACUGUGGAUGCUUCAAACCAAAUCUCAUAACCGGGUCUCGUAGCUUUGAAAAAACCUGGAAAUACCUGGAAUUAUAGGACUACACUAUCCCAAGCCCUUGCCAAGGGACCUACUAAUGGUGCCCAGGCAGUGGAUCUGAAAGCUUUACAUUCCUCUUUACUUUUGAAUAUACCAACAGACCAAAAAAACAAAACAACAAAAACGAUAGCUUUAGAACUAGCGAUAGAUUACGGCCAUCCGCCUGCCAUUGCACCAAACCUGCUGUGACCACAAGGGUUGUGACCUUUCUGGCGCCCACUUCAAACGGACACUUGAAAAGAAGGACGCGGUCAGAGAGGGCUUCCGAGCGGUGGCAACUGAAACCAAAAACCCCAUCAGGCCUGGAUGCGAUGAACGCCUCAUGUAGGCAUCAGCAUGGAAAGCUGUGAGUCUCCCGUGGUUUCGGGGACAGACGAUGGGCUUGGCUCCUCCACCACAUCCCAGCAGCAGCACCAUCCACAACCCUGGAACGAUCACCCUAACGCACAGGUCCCACCUUGUAACCAGUCCCCUUCCUUGGAGCCCCUGUCUCUCUCUGCACCCCACUCAGCCCAGCUCCAGAAUCCUAGCACAACCUGUGAGGUUGUAAGAGAACAGCAACAGCAAACACUGUCACAGGCUGCCAGCGAUAAUUCCACUACCAGACGGCUGCACCCCAAAAGAGAGGGGUUAGAGGAGGAGGAGCAGGAGGGAGUGAGCUGUGGAGAAGAGGACGAAGACUUGGAAGAAUUGGAUGAAAUGGAGAUUGAUAGCUGUUUUCCUAGUCUGCAGCCCUUCCCUGGUGUGCCUAUGAUGCCAAGUGGAGGGGGCAUGCCCAUGCUCAUGCGGCAACAGCCCUCCCAUCGGAGGGGAGCCACUGAGAGUGGGAGCGAAGAAGAGGAGGAAGAGGAGAGUAGUGAUGUGGAAAACCUGGCUGGAGAGAUAGUAUACCAGCCUGAUGGCUCUGCCUACAUUGUGGAGAGUCUCAGCCAGCUUAUCCAAAGCGAUGGGAGCAUGGAACCAGGCCUGCUCCCUUCAAACUCUCUCCCCAGUGGGGGAAAACCAGGGGAACCUGCGGGGACCUCUUCUUCGGUGUACCCUCAGAUCAUCAACACGUUUCAUAUAGCCUCGUCUUUCGGAAAAUGGUUCGGCUCCUCAGACCAAGGUUUCCCCAAUACCUCAACCCUGGCAGGCCUCAGUCCUGUCCUGCACAGUUUCCGCGUCUUUGAUGUGCGGCACAAAAGCAACAAGGAUUACCUGAACAGCGACGGGUCUGCCAAGAAGUCCUGUGUAUCCAAAGAUGUUCCCAACAACGUGGAUUUCUCCAAAUUUGAUGGCCUGGCCCUUUAUGGCAAAGGCAAGCCCAUCCUCAUGUGUUUCCUCUGCAAGUUGUCUUUCGGCUACGCACGCUCCUUUGUCACUCAUGCAGUCCAUGACCAUCGCAUGACCCUAUGUGAGGACGAGCGCAGGCUCUUAGGCCACAAGCAUGCAUCGGCGAUUAUACAGGGCAUUGGGAAAGACAAAGAACCACUCAUUAGCUUCCUAGAACCAAAAAAUAAAAACUCUCCUCCACUGCCAACCCUGGUACCCAUGAACUCAGGCCAGAGCUUCUACGGCACAUUCAGUGGGGUUCAUUUAGAAGGGGGCAGCAGUAGUGAGGUAGGUGAUAACCUCCUCAAAAAAGACUCUGACUCGGGUCUCCAGCAACAAGCCCUCCUCAGGCUGGGGGGUUUUGGCAGCCCCAAAACCUCCCGUACCUCUACCCCAGGCCCAGCCAAAGACUCCAACACUCUGUCCAAGCAGGGUAGGAGAACAGAGGGGUCUGUGGUGAAGGAGGGGACUCAUAGAGGGGAGGAUGGGGAUGCAGAAACCUGUGAAAGAAAGGCUCUCCUUCACGGUGAGGAGAUGGCCUCAGAGGAAGAGGAUGAGCUUCUUUUAGAAGAAGAGGAUGAAGAGGUAGAGGAUGAAAUCACUGCGGUGGCCUGUAGUGGAAAUAGCAGCAGCGGUGGCGGAUUUGUGGGGGAACUGGCUGUCGCAAACCAAAGCAUCUCCAAAUCUCCUUUAUUAAUGCCUAGUAGCACUCUCCAGCCUUCUGCUUGUCUCUCUGCAGCCAGCCCUGCACUCAGCAGCAAAGCCUCUGCUUCCAUGUCCUCCUCUUCUGUCAGAGGGUCAGAGGAUUGGAUGGCUGCAGACAGUGGAGGGAGAACUUCAGAUCUCUCUCUGAGCUUUAACUGCCAAGGGUCUACAGUCCCCGCGGCAAUGGCGGCAGUCGCCGGCAGAGGGGGCGAAGAGGAUGGGGCCGCAUGUUCCUCUGAGAGCACGUCCUCCCCCCUUGCGUCCAAUGCUGCUGCUGAGGAAAGUGCCAAUCGAGAUAGUGCCACAGCUCCUGAACCAAAUGAAUGCCCAGCAGAGGGAGAUGAGGACAACGGUGCCCUCUUCCACCACCACCACCACUUUCACCAGCAUCACCCACACCCUUCACCUAAUGCUCACACGCACCUCCAUCACACAGCUGCUUGUGACAUGUCAGGAAUGAGUGAAUGCACCCAGAACCAUGGGGCUGGGGGCAGUGGAGGGAGUGGGGUGGAGUGCCCGAAGUGUGAUACUGUCCUAGGCUCCUCUCGUUCACUGGGUGGCCAUAUGACCAUGAUGCACUCACGGAAUUCGUGCAAGACACUGAAGUGUCCCAAGUGCAACUGGCACUACAAAUACCAGCAGACCUUGGAGGCCCACAUGAAGGAGAAGCACCCUGACUCUGGAAGCUCCUGUGCGUACUGCACCAGUGGACAGAGUCACCCUCGCCUUGCCCGUGGGGAGAGCUACACAUGUGGCUACAAGCCCUUCCGCUGUGAGGUCUGCAACUAUUCCACUACUACCAAAGGCAACCUAAGCAUUCAUAUGCAGUCUGACAAGCAUCUUAACAACAUGCAGACAUUACAAAAUGGAGGAACUAUUCCAACCGCUGGUGAACAGGUGUUUGGGCAUGCACCUGGAGGGGUGGUACCUGUUUCUUCUGCUAUCCAGGCCAGCAGCCAUCAUCCUAGUCACCACCAUCAUCCAGUGCAGUCCUCCACCCACAUGGCAGGGCCCUGUGGUGCCCCUUCACCUACCAAGCCAAAAAGCAAGCCCACCUGGCGGUGUGAGGUGUGCGACUAUGAGACCAAUGUAGCACGUAACCUGCGCAUCCACAUGACAAGCGAGAAACACAUGCACAACAUGAUGCUGCUUCAGCAGAACAUGACCCAAAUGCAGCAUGGCCGGCUUGGUCUAGGUGCCAUGCCUUCACCCUCAGAGGCUGAGCUGUACCAAUACUACUUGACCCAAAACAUGAGCCUACCACCGGGCCUUAAGAUGGACCCAUCUGGAGCUGAUGCCCAGUUCUUGCUUGGAAGUUUUCAUCUGGACCCCAACAUGGCGGCUCUGGCCCCAGCACUAGUUGGAGGGGACAUUGCAAUGGAUGUACGCCUGGGUGGGGGACAGCUGGUCUCAGAGGAGCUGAUGACCUUGGGUGAAAGCCUAUCCCAGACCAGCGACCCCUCCCUCAAACUCUUCCAGUGCGCUGUGUGCAACCGCUUCACUACCGACAACCUGGAAGUGCUUGGCCUGCACAUGAGUGCCGAGCGUUUGCUCCCAGAGGAGGAGUGGAGAGCGGUGGUGGGCGACUCGCACCAGUGCAAGCUGUGCCACUACACCACACAGCUCAAGGCCAACUUUCAGCUGCAUUGCAAGACUGACAAACAUGUGCAGAAGUAUCAGCUGGUGGCACACAUUAAGGAGGGCGGCAAGGGCAAUGAGUGGCGCCUCAAGUGCGUGGCCAUUGGCAACCCUGUGCACCUCAAAUGCAAUGCCUGUGACUACUAUACCAACAGCCUGGAAAAACUGAGGAUGCACACGGUCAACUCCCGCCAUGAGGCCAGUCUCAAGCUGUACAAGCAUUUGCAGCAGCACGAGAACGCUGUGGAGGGCGAGUCGUGCUACUACCACUGUGUUCUGUGUAACUACUCCACCAAGGCCAAGUUGAACCUCAUCCAACACGUCCGUUCCAUGAAGCACCAGCGCAGCGAAAGCCUGCGGAAGCUGCAGCGCCUACAGAAGGGCCUGUCCGAGGAAGAGGAGGAGUUGAGUGCCAUCUUCACCAUUCGUAAAUGUCCGUCUGCCGACACAGGAGAGCUGAGUGAGGAUGUGGAGGCUGCCCGUGAGACCACCACAGAUCAGGAGGACCAAACCAAAGACAGAGAGAGUGGGGGGGAGAGGGAGCUCACCAAAGGGACAGCAUCCAACCAAUCGGAGAGAGAUCAGGCGGAUUCCCCGGUCCCCUCCAAGCGGCCUUCUUCGAGGUCCGAGACAGCAGAAAGCCCCCUCUCGUCGAAACGACCCAGGACCGCUGAGAAGAGCAGUGAAGAGCAGAUGUACCAGUGCCCCUACUGCAAGUUCAGCAACACAGAUCUGAACCGGCUCAGAAUGCACGUGAUGACGCAGCACUCAGUGCAGCCCAUGUUCCGCUGCCCGCUGUGCCAGGACAUGCUCAACAACAAGGUCCACCUGCAGUUCCAUCUCACUCACCUCCACAGCGUGGCACCAGACUGCGUCGACAAGUUAAUUGCCACAGUGGCAGCAUCAGAAGUUCUGCCAGCAAGCAUUUUCAUACCAGUCCCUGGACCAGAGAAGGAUACUCAAACCGCACCUCAGUCCAUGGUCAACUCAAACUCUGAUGACAUUAAGAAGAAACAAACAGAGGUGGCAGAUGUUGAGCCUGAAAAAGGAGUUUGUCUGGCGUCAGACACUGCUGAAGCUCGCAAGUCUCCUCUUGAGGAACAACAGCCUGCAAGAGAUGAUUCCACUGGUUUCCUCUGCUGGAAAAAGGGCUGUAACAAAGUCUUUAAAUCCUCCAAUGCCCUUCAGAUGCACUUCAAUGAGGUCCACAAUAAAAGGCCCCAACUGCCUGUCUCUGAUCGUCAUGUCUACAAAUAUCGCUGCAACCAGUGUAGUUUGGCAUUCAAGACAAUAGAGAAACUUCAGCUGCAUUCCCAAUACCAUGUAAUCAGAGCAGCCACAAUGUGUUGUUUAUGCCAGCGUAGCUUCAGGACCCUACAGGCACUUAAGAAGCAUCUGGAGACCAAUCACCUGGAGUUGAGUGAAGCUGACAUCCAACAGCUCUAUGGAGGUUUACUGAUGAAUGGAGACCUAAUGAUUAUGGGUGAUCCCUCACUUGGAGAGGACCAGGGAGCUCUUAUUGAUGAUGAGAAAGAGGGAGACGAAAGUGACCCAGAGGAAAAGCAAAGCCCAACUGGCAGUGACUCUGGAUCUUUGCAAGAAGAUUCUGGAUCUGAACCCAAACGAGCCCUGCCAUUUAGGAAAGGCCCCAACUUUACUAUGGAGAAGUUUCUAGAUCCAUCCCGUCCUUUCAAGUGUACAGUCUGCAAAGAGUCAUUUACCCAAAAGAAUAUUCUUCUUGUACACUACAACUCUGUGUCUCACUUGCACAAAGUCAAAAGAGCCCUACAGGAAUCCACCACCGGUCAGCCAGAGACUACAAGCAGCCCUGAUAAUAAACCCUUCAAGUGCAGCACUUGCAAUGUAGCAUACAGCCAGAGCUCUACACUGGAGAUUCACAUGCGCUCUGUUCUUCAUCAAACCAAGGCCAGGGCAGCAAAGCUUGAAGCAGCUGGCGGCACAUCUAGUGCUGUUAGCAGCAGUGGCCCAAGCGGAAGCACUUCCAAUAGCACUUCAACCCCAAGCCCUAUUCCAGCCACUAACUCAACAACCAGCUCCAGCAACAGAAGCAGCUCUCCAGCUGGAGCUCAGACAUCACAGAGCAUCAUGGGAGGUAAUCAUCUGUCAAGUCAUUCUCACAAUGUUGAGAAUUUGGGUAACUCAGCCUGUCAUCCCUCUCCUUCUGAGAAUCAUGAAGUGAAAAAGAAGAAAUUUGCAGAUAUGCUAUCUUUAAGGGGUCAUCAGCAACAACUCCAGCAACAGCAGCAGCAGUUGGCCCAGGCUCAAGCGCAGGCACAGGCUCAACUCCAACAAGAGCUCCAGCAGGCUGCUCUCCUUCAGUCCCAGCUUUUUAACCCUCUUUUCCAGCACUUCCCUAUGGCAACAGAAGCUCUUCUCUCUCUUCAGCAACAGCAGCUGCUCUUUCCGUUUUACAUUCCUGGGGCAGAAUUUCAACUGAAUCCAGAAAUGAACCUGAGUAGCUCUUCAUUGAACUUGAGUGGAUCUACUGCUUCACUAUUGGAAGAACAGAAAAACUCUGCCCAGCAGGCACAGCAGAGCUGCUUACAACAACAGCUUAUGCACCACCACCUUCAGCAACAGCACCAAGCUCAUUCCCACUCCCAAGUAUCAAGCCAAAUGGCUUUACUUCAGCAGAGUGCUCUUUCUCACCCUGUAGACAAAAAGCCAAAGCGAUCUCCUCACACUGAGAAAGAAAGGGAGCUGCCAAAGGAUAAAGAAAUUAGUGAUAAAGCUGAGGAUCUUGUUCCAAAAGAUAUGUCAGACAAGUCCAAAGAAAAGAAAGAUGCUCCUCAAGCUGUUGUAAAUGUGAACCAUGACUCUGGAUUUCCUCCUCCAAGGAUUGCCUCAGAUGCCCGAGGGAAUGCCACCAAAGCCCUACUGGAGAAUUUUGGCUUCGAGUUGGUAAUUCAGUACAAUGAGAACAAGCAAAAAGCACAAAGAAAGCCAAUGGGAUCUCUGUCAGGAUGCAGUGGGCCAGCUGGUAUCACCAGAAUAGUUGAUCCCAUUGAAGGAUUAGAGAAACUGGAGUGUGAGACUUGUGGUAAGCUCUUUUCCAACAUAUUGAUUCUCAAGAGUCAUCAGGAGCAUAUCCACCAGGCUUUCUUUCCAUUCAGAUUCCUAGAGAGAUUUGCCAAAGAGUACAGAGAACAAUAUGACAAGCUGUACCCAUUGAGACCUCAGACACCCGAAGCUGCUCCACCACCUCCACCCCCACCUCCGCCUCCCCAAAGGGUACCAACACCAAAUAUACCCGUUUCUGCUCCUACCCUGACACCACCAACUGCUCCAACCCCUCAGCCUCCAGUUCCACUGGCCCAAAUUCCAAUGCCAAUGGAUCUCCCUCUCUUCUCUCCCCUUAUGAUGCAGCCCAUGUCACUCCAGUCAUUACCUUCUCAGAUUCCUGCCCAACUGCCUGCUGUGGAGCCCAGUCUGGCCACUGAUCUGGCCCAGCUCUACCAACAGCAGCUUACCCCUGCCAUGUUGCAGCAACAGAAUAAGAGACCCCGCACCCGUAUCACAGAUGACCAGCUAAGGGUGCUCCGCCAAUAUUUCGAUAUCAACAACUCUCCCAAUGAGGACCAAAUUAAGGAAAUGGCAGAUAAAUCAGGACUCCCCCAGAAAGUCAUCAAGCACUGGUUCCGCAAUACACUCUUUAAAGAGCGACAACGCAACAAAGACUCACCUUAUAAUUUUAACAACCCUCCAAUUACAACCCUAGAAGAUACCAAAAUUGAUUCAAAGCCACCCUCCCCUGAGCCUCAAAAACCAGAAUCAUUUGGAAAUAAGAGGUCCUCAAGGACAAGGUUCACAGACUACCAGCUGAGGGUACUGCAGGAUUUCUUUGAUGCUAAUGCUUAUCCUAAAGAUGAUGAAUUUGAGCAGUUAUCCAAUCUUCUGAGCCUUCCAACUCGAGUCAUUGUUGUGUGGUUCCAAAAUGCCAGACAGAAAGCCCGUAAAAAUUAUGAGAACCAGGGAGAUGGGGGAAAAGAAGGUGACCGACGCGAGUUAUCCAAUGACCGAUACAUUCGUACUACCAACUUAAACUAUCAGUGCAAGAAGUGCAGCCUGGUUUUCCAGCGCAUAUUUGACCUUAUUAAACACCAAAAGAAGCUCUGUUACAAAGAUGAGGAGGAAGACUGGCAGUAUGACAGUCUAAAUGAGGACUCUUUGGAUCUCUCUCAUGAAUACUAUACUCUAUCUGGGUCAUCAGGUCAAACACCAAUGCCCUCAUCUUCAAGCCUCUGCCCUCUUCCGCCUUCAUCCACUGCAUUCUCUCACAUCACAUCAUCUGAAAAGGAGGAGCCUACACCGAGUAACACAUCAAACUCUUUUGAUGAAAAAUCAAAACACUCUUCAGAAGCAUCAUUUGCCCAAAGAGAGCAGACAUCUUUGAAACAGGAAACCAUUCAUCCAUCUGAGUCUCCACAGCAGAGACCACAAAGAGAGGAAAAGACACAUACAGUCACAAAGAAUUCAAAGCGUUCUUCACCUUCCCUGUCCCAACAGCAUAGUGGUUCCUCCAUUUCACAUACCAGUCAGACCUCCCAGAGUUCCCACAUGGCCCUUAAUCCACAUUUAGCCUCUGCUUCACAGCAGCAGUUGGCCCAGCAAAUGAUCCAGUACCAGUGUGAGCAGUGCAAACUUGCCUUCCCUUCAUUUGAACACUGGCAGGAACACCAGCAACUGCAUUUCCUGAGUGUCCAAAAUCAGUUCAUUCAUCCUCAGUUUUUGGAUCGCCCAAUGGACAUGUCCUUCAUGUUGUUUGAUCCUAGCAAUCCUCUGCUUGCUAGCCAGCUCCUUGCAGGAGCAAUACCUCAAAUGUCCAGCAACUCUGCCACCUCCCCAUCAACACCUACAUCCACUAUGAAUUCCCUGAAGAGGAAAUUGGAGGAGAAGGCAGGAACUAGUCCAGGAGAAAGUGACAGCAUGAAUAGUGGAGAGGAGCCACAACGAGACAAGCGCCUCCGAACCACUAUUACACCAGAGCAACUAGAGAUUCUGUACCAGAAAUAUUUGCUUGACUCCAACCCUACUCGUAAAAUGCUUGACCACAUUGCUCAUGAAGUGGGGCUUAAAAAACGAGUGGUACAGGUAUGGUUCCAAAACACAAGAGCCAGAGAAAGAAAAGGUCAGUUUCGGGCUGUUGGGCCAGCUCAAGCCCACCGGCGCUGCCCGUUUUGUCGAGCCCUAUUCAAAGCUAAAACUGCCCUCGAGGCCCAUAUUCGUUCACGCCACUGGCACGAGGCUAAACGUGCUGGUUACAACCUAGCACUUUCCGGUAUGCUACCUGAACAGGAGGCCAUGCAGUUGAAGAUGGAUCCUCUGGAUAUCUCCAGCUAUGCUCAUCUUGCCCAUUCUAACAAUGAUGUGCAAAGUUCAUCACUGUCACCUGUGAGCAAAAGCAUGGACUUGUCUCCCAGGGCUCUUCUGAGCCCAACAUCUAUCAAGGUUGAGGGAGCAGAGGAGUUUGAAAGCCCAACCAUUUCCUCAGUAAACACAAACUUUGAUCAAAAUAAACUUGAUAAUGAUGAUUGUUCUUCUGUGAAUACAGCCAUCACUGACACUACCACAGGUGAUGAGGCAAAUAUUGACAAUGAUAGUGCUGAUGCAAAGCACAGCCAUAACAGUGGAGAUUUUCUCUCCAAGUCUGGGGGCGCAGUCCCCUCCAUUGAGAACGAUGAACAGAUGUCCUCAGGACUGGUGAGCCCUGCAACAAGCUUCUACACAAAAGACUUUGAAAAUGAAAAUAUGAUAGACUACAGUGAAACAUCUAGCCUGGCUGACCCUUGUUCACCAAGUCCAGGAGCCUCUGGAAGCAGAAGCAUUGAUAGUGGAGACAGGCCUGGUCAAAAGCGCUUCCGAACACAGAUGACUAAUCUUCAGCUUAAGCUGCUCAAGUCCUGCUUCAAUGAUUAUAGGACUCCAACCAUGCUGGAGUGUGAGGUACUUGGCAAUGACAUUGGACUUCCAAAGAGAGUUGUUCAGGUCUGGUUUCAAAAUGCUCGUGCUAAGGAAAAGAAAGCUAAGCUCAGCAUGGCUAAGCACUUUGGUAUCAACCAAACUUCUUACGAGGGACCUAAGACAGAAUGCUCUCUGUGUGGUGUUAAAUACAGUGCUCGUCUCUCAGUGCGAGACCACAUAUUUUCUCAGCAACACAUCUACAAAGUAAAGGAUACCAUUGGAAGCCAGCUUGAUAAAGAGAAAGAGUACUUUGAUCCAGCGACGGUUCGUCAGCUGAUGGCACAGCAGGAGAUGGAUCGUAUCAAGAAAGCAAAUGAGGUCCUGGGACUAGCACAACAACAAGCCAUGCAGCAACAAGGGAUGUUUGACACACCUGCCUUGCAAGCCUUGAACCUUCAGUCAGGUUACCCAAAUCUACAGGGAAUCCCCCCUGUUCUCCUGCCAGGUGUUGGUGGUCCCUCCAUACCAGGCUUUAACUCAUCCAACUCAGCUUUAACCCCUCCAAAACCUCCAAACCUCCUGAACAUGCCUGGUGCCAGUGUACCCUCACCUAGUCUCCCCACAUCUGGUUUACCCAACAAGACCCCUUCCUCCUCUUCAUUGGCCUCACCCAGCCCAGCUCAGGCCAGCACAUCUGUCGCCCACUCAAACCCUACCCCCACAUCUACAUCAAACUCUUUGAUGACCCAGCCAGGCCUUCGUCAAGAAGCUCCCAAAGAUCGUUAUCCUGAGAGGGCCAGGGUGAAAGAGAAGCCCAAGGAGAAGGCUGAGAAGCCCCCCACACCAUCCUCAGCUGGGGGUACUCCUGCUCCCUCCACUUCUGCUGCCAGUGCCAAGAAAGAAAAACCAGACACUGCUGUUCCGGCCACCUCGAUGCCAACACCUGGCAUGGAGUAUGUGGUCGAUACUGCCCAACUUCAAGCUCUACAAGCAGCUUUAGCUUCAGAUCCAACAGCUCUGCUAACAAGUCAGUUCCUGCCCUACUUUAUGCCUGGUUUCUCUCCGUAUUAUGCCCCUCAGAUACCAGGUGCUCUUCAAGGUGGAUAUCUUCAGCCCAUGUAUGGCAUGGAAAGUCUUUUCCCCUACAACCCAGCAUUAUCACAGGCCCUGAUGGGGCUGUCACCAGGAUCUCUGCUUCAACAUUACCAGCAAUAUCAACAGAGCCUGCAGGAGGCACUUCAGCAGCAGCAGCAGCAGCUUCAGCAGAUCCAGCAACCUAAAGCAAGCCAAACUUCACAAAACUCGGUGGACUGUAAGGACUCUGCCAAAGAUCCAGUAAAAACAGAGGAGCUAAAGAGCACUCCCUCAGUUGAAGCCUCUUCCUCUUCCACUCACAACAACCUAGUCACUGAGCAGCAUGAAGUGGAUGGCAAAGGUGCAGACCCCCAUCUUGACCAAUAUAUCAUCCCCAAAGUUCAGUAUCGGCUGGCGUGCCGCAAGUGUCAAGCUGUCUUCAGCAAGGAGGAAGCGGCUAUCAGCCACCUCAAGUCAAUUUGUUUUUUUGGUCAGUCUGUGGCAAACCUGCAAGAGAUGUUGCUUCGGGUCCCCAACAGUGGGAAUGCAGCAGAGGGCGGCCUCUAUGACUGCCUCGCCUGUAACACCACACUAGAAGGGGACAAAGCGCUCAGUCAACACCUGGAUUCAGCCUUGCACAAACACAGAACAAUCAAGAGAUCCAGAAAUGCCAAAGAGCACGCUACUAAUUUAUUACCUCACUCUUCAGCCUUCUUCCCCAAUCCUAACACCGCAUCUACCUCGCAGUCUGCCACUCACUCAAACAACACCCCAUCCCCUCCGCCAACAACGUCAGCCACCACACCGUCCUCAUCAGCGUCUGCAUCUUCAUGCACCUCCUCCUCCUUCACAGCCACUCCACUCAACACAACAGCUACAGGCAAAUCAUGGUCCCAGACCCCUUUCUCCAGAGCUUUAGCUGGGAAGCCCAAUCCCCCUUCGUCUGCAUUAUCUUCUUUUCCUCCAGUUUCCUCUCCUUCAACGGUUACCUCAAGUUCAUUGAGAACCUCAGGGGUCCAGACCUCGAUACCAACAGACGACUUUUCCGACGAGUCUGACUCUGACAGCAGUCAGAAGUCAGCAGACAGGCUGGGCAGGCCAGCAGAGGAGCCACAACAGCCUGGCUGUCUCAAAGACAGCAGUAGUUGUAGUAGUAAUCUCGCUAGUAUAGGAUCGGACUCCAUCAGAUUGUAAAAGCUUUCAGUGAUGAACAAUAUUUAAAAAAAGAAAAAAGAAAAGAAAAAAAACAGAAGACAAAAGAAAAAAAAACAAAAAAGCAGCAAUGUUUAAAAUAUGUUUAAAGUAUACAACCCAAUUUCAGAAAAAGAUGUGUAAAGACUAACUGCAAUUCCAAAGCUU